AAAAAUACUAGUAAUAGGCAAAGAACAAAGAGAAAGAGCGGGAAUGAUGGCGGCGGCGGCUGGUGGAAGUAGGGCGGCGGUGCUUUCUCAGCCGGUGACGUUCGUAACAGGCAACGCCAAGAAGCUCGAAGAAGUUCGCUCGAUUCUCGGCAACUCGAUCCCCUUUCGUUCGCUUAAACUUGAUUUGCCAGAGUUGCAAGGCGAGCCUGAGGAGAUUUCCAGAGAAAAGGCACGAUUAGCUGCGAAAGAGGUAAACGGGCCGGUGCUGGUGGAGGAUACCUGCCUUUGUUUCAAUGCUCUGAAGGGACUACCUGGGCCUUACAUCAAGUGGUUUCUGCAGAAGAUUGGUCAUGAAGGUCUGAACAAUAUGUUGAUGGCUUAUGAUGAUAAAUCUGCUUAUGCUCUCUGCGUAUUCUCUCUUGCUAUUGGGCCAAAUGCAGAUCCAAUUACUUUUUCAGGGAAGACUCCGGGAAAGAUAGUUCCUCCUAGGGGACCAACUGAUUUCGGAUGGGAUCCAGUUUUCCAACCUGAUGGAUAUGACCAGACUUAUGCUGAGAUGCCCAAGGAAGAGAAGAACAAGAUUUCUCACCGCUACCGGGCCCUUGCACAGGUGAAAGCACACUUUGCUGAGGCUAAUUAUGCUUUCCAGAACGAAUCCUAAACUCAAGAAUGCUCUGUCCCAUUCAUAGAACAUGAAAGCACCUUUAUGCAAAUUAUUAAACCAUAUUUAAGAGCUAAGAAAAUAGGUUUGCUGCAAAAUUUUACAGUUAUGCAAUGGAAGUAGUUUUUUGCUUUA